ACAAGGCAGCGGCCAUUUUUAGUGGAUUGUCCGCUAUUAGUUCGCAUCUCCGUUGCAUCCUCCCGUCAAAGCCGCUGGCCUGUGACGAAAAUGUUGGCUGAUUUGCCUCAUCCAUUUCGCUGAAGAGUCGAAAUGUGUCGUUAGAAUUUUUUUUUAAGAGCCCAUUUAUUUUGAAGUUGUAGCUCGGCCAAAAGAACAAAAAUGGAUGUUGCCCAGCAGCAGUUAAAUAGCAUCGGAUCCAAGCAGCCGUCCAAGCUGGGGGCGGGUAAAGCGGCCGCCCAGUGGGGGGGCAAGGCCAACUUGGAGAGCCUAGGGGUGCCCAUUGAGGUGGAGGGCGAUGACUAUUACGACAGUGGCAUUGGCUCCCUUAGCGAGUUGCAGGUCAGCCAGUUCGAUGAGUUGGGUGGCGUUGACCAGGGCAUUGAGUGUGAGGAGGGCAAGGAUGGUGCAGGGCGGACGACCCUGGGCACCGAGCCUGACAUCUGCCCAUCCACCCAGCAGCGAGUGGAGAGCGGCAUUGGCCAGAUCACCCAAGGCAUCGGGAACGUGGAGCUCGGCAGUGCCCCAGAGUUGGUCAACUUGAAAGACGUGCUCAGCUACCAGACCAAAGACUUUGACACGAUGCUGCAUCUUUCUGUGAUCCAUGAGGAAGUAGCCUUUUUAGACUUUCUUCUCGGUCUUACUAAGGACACUGAUUACUUGAACCUGCAGAACGACAGGAACCAGACUGCGCUGCAUUUGGCCGUGAUUGUUGAGCGUGCGGAUUUAGUGGAGAAAUUGGUGGCUGCUGGGGCAGACCUCUUGCUGCAAGAGAGGGAGGGGAAUACUGCCUUGCACCUGGCAUGCUAUAAAAGGUCAACCAGUUGUCUUCAGGCCCUCCUGUUAGACCAUCCCUGUGAGCCAAGUGAUUCCAGAAUCCUUGCUCCAUCACCGGUCAGACAGCAACUGCAUUACUACAACUAUGAAGGGCUCACACCUCUCCACGUGGCAGUAUUGCUCAAUGACUUUCAUAUCGUUGAAUAUCUUUUGUCGUUUGAAGUUGAUAUAAAUGCAAAGGAAAGGCAUGCAGGUCAAACUGCUUUACAUCUGGCAGUGGAGCAGCAGAAUCAACAGAUUGUCAAACUCUUGCUGGACAAGAGGGCAGAUGUUCAUGCCCAGAUGUAUGGUGGCUUCACGCCAAUUUUUCGGGCUAUGUACCAGCCUGAUUUUUGUAUAAUCCAAAUGCUCAGAGACUAUGGCUCUUCAGAACCGGUUACAGAUGAGGAGUUGGAUGAGGAUGAAGGCAUUGAUGAAGAUAACAUGGGUGUGUACGAUGACUUUGUGGUACGAGGAUAUAACUAGGAAGAUCAGAAAAUUCUGAUGUCCUACUGUAUGAUGUAUUUAAACAUUAAAGUUGGAGCAUUAAAGUGGUUCAGCUCCACUGCUGUAAAGGAGUGCACUUACAUAGUCAUUUUAACUGUGUUGUAUCCUUGUAUUGAACCAAUAUCUAGGAGUAGGUAUAGCCUAGCGUCUGUAAAUACAGAUUUUUGGUUUGAAUGGUAGUGGUUGCCAAUCAGAUGUAUGUCAAAAGGAAACCCAAUGUAAAAAUGCUAAUUGGGUGAGACAGACAAUUGGUCCUUGAGUUGGGAAGCAUGGGGUGGGCACAGUGUAAUCUGGGGAGGCAUGGAUGCACCAGGCAAACCUGUGACAAUGCUUUAGUGUGGACUGUUAAAUAUAAUGUUGGGUUUUUUUUUUGGGGGGGUGGGGUGUGUGGGGUGGGAAGAAAAGGGACCAUUGAUGUUAUUUUUAAAGUUUGUUGCGCUAUUGGCACGUCCACACUGCAGCAAUCCUCUGCCAGGAGAUAUAGUCAACUCACAGCUGGGCCUCCAGAGUGACGUUCUUACCAGAGAUAAGAGCGACUCUGACGAGAGCUCUUCAAAAAAAACCUUUGCUGCUUUGCUGCAGCUGAAGAAUAGAAGCUUUUCUGUGCGUGUCUGUGCAUGUGUGUUUGGAGAAUUCCCAAAGUUGACUCAAGUAAACUUCUGGACUUUAUGCUGCAUGACUGCUAAAUGGGUUUAUUUUUUCUGAACGAACGUCCUAGCAAUGUUUUCCCAGUAAACAAAAACACAAUAGGAAUGGAAAUAGAGUCACAAUUAUUAGGAUUAGGCUGCAACACAAUGGAUUGGACACAAAUGUGUUAAGUAGCUUGUUGUAGUUGGAAUGACAUACCAGUGGCCAAGCAAGACUUAAGGCCACUUGACGAAUCUUACAUACGGGUCUCGUACAGUGAAGGAGCACAUCAUUCGCAAUAAUUGGAGAAAGUUUUAGUGAAUUAAUGGUCGAAUUAUUUUUCAUUUUCCCUUUAUUCAUAUAAGCCUAUGAUGCAUAAGGAUAAAUACCAUAGGUUCACUAGGUUAUGGUGAGGGGGAGAGGCACAUAAAUUAAGAUAUAAAACAAAAUAACUCCUCUGGUUUCAUAAAAUUAAGUAGUGAUUCAUACUAAAAAUGCACAGGCCACAUGUUCCAUUGCAUGACCUGUCAUCAUUUAAGUAUGUAGCCUCACAAUAGUUUGGUUUUUCUCAGUGAGGUGAUGUGGGUGGUGAAUCUCCUUUUGAAAGCAGAUAAACAGCCUCUGAGUACUUAAUUGUUACAAGAGGAGAGGGAGCUGUACUUCUGGAACUGGGGCUCCAUGUUGCUGGGGGAGGCAUCAGUUCACUGCUUCCUCUCCCUCAUUCCCACUGAAUUCUAAUUACAUUGUCAGACAGUUGAGGACCCACAAUCUUAUGGGUGGCAGACCCUUAACUUUUUGCACUUGGUGUGCUGCUGGGCAAUUCUUGAAAGUCUGAGUUUUAUGUUGCGCCUGGAGAACUUGAGAAUAACAGCGGUCAGAAAUUUGGAAUCUACCUCCUUAAGUUGGUCCUUUGUUGUCUGUGACAGGAGUACUUUAUGGCAAAUCUUCAAGAUAGUACUGGUGUUAAAAGCCCCAUUAACCCAUCCUUAAAAAUGCAAGCACCUUGUAAGGGAAUAUGGAGGCAGCAAUGGUCAUUGCAAUCUGGUUAAUGGCUGUAGAUUUUGAAAAAGGCAUUUUCUUUGAUUUUUCAAACCUCCUUGCUCCACCCAUCCUUCUCUCAUUGAGAAAAUAAGCUGGAGAUGUGGCACCUAAUUCGCAGCCAUUCCGCUGUCAAAUUGGCUGUCAGGAAGUGUACCACACUUGUUGGGAUUCUGGUGAUCCGGAAAAGCUUCUGGAUUCUCCUUAGCAUUUUUUUCCCUAUGACAGAUGGGAUGGUAAAGUUUGAUGGCUCCCCAGUGUGACUUGUGAUGCGUAACCAGUUCAAACUUCAGAUUGAAAAAAGCCCACUUUAAAGACGGCUCAACUUAAGCUUGUCAAACAGUUGUUGUGAAAUAAGAUCAGACCCGCUCAGUCAUUUGUAGAAGUUUCAUUCAUUAAAUCCCUUUGAAGCAAAAUGGAAAACUGGCAUCGUAUUCAUUUCGAUAGCAUCUAAGUAUUAAUAAAAUAAAUCUUGUUUUAUGUGCACCUUCUGUCCACCUACCAUAAUGAUAUUUGGUCACAAUUUUUUAUUUCAACAUUUUAAGAUUUAAACUGCCUUUGUAAGCAUGUAGAAUGGGAAUCGUGUAUGUAAACAAUUGCCUGUAAUGCUGUAAUGGCAGGCUCUGGCCUGCAGAUGAUGCUUAUUUCAGAGACCUCUCUCCAAACUCUCACCGUGCUGUAUAUUUAAAUACGUUUGUUUUCAAUGUCAUGGCCAAUUUACUGGUAUUGAUUGAAAGCUUUGAUGAAAAUUUGGUUUGUAUUAAUUAUUUUUUUCUACGUUGUAUUACAGUUGUUCUCUGUUACCACUUUUUUUUAAUGUUUCUCUGCUUAUGUACAGAAUGUCUGGUUUUUUUUUGUCCCAGUGAUAUGGAUGAGCUUGAGUCUUGCAUAGUGUCAUGUAGGCACUGCUGGGGUAAAGCAAUGCUUUUCUUGUAAGGGUACAACUCUGGCUUUGUUUCUUUGUUGAAUUUUUCUUGUAUCUUUGUAUCUUUAUUUGCCUCAUUGUAGCUUCACACCAGGGUUGCGAGUCAAUGCAUUGCUUGCCUUAAGGACAGGUGUAAUCACUUAGGGUAACCAGCACUUUUUCUCUUUUUUUUUAAAAAAACUGACAAAUAAAUAUUUGCAAGUAUCGCUGUAAAAA